CGCGCAUUGGCCCGCCCCGUGCGCUGGCCUGUCCCGCGCAUUGGCCAAGCGGCCGGGAGGACGGGCCCGGCGGCCGUGCACUUCCGGCCGGUGGCCGGCCCGGCGCGCACCGCCCCUUCCGCCACCGCCCAGCGAGCCCAGCCCCGGUCCCAGCCCCGGUCCCAGCCCCGGUCCCAGCCCCGGCCGUCCCGGCGUCGCUUCGGAGCGCGGCGGCAGCUGACUGCGCCUUCACGAUCCGCUGGGACCCGCGAGCCCCGCCGCCGUUAUGAACAUCCGCAAUGCGAGGCCAGAGGACCUAAUGAACAUGCAGCACUGCAACCUCCUCUGCCUGCCCGAGAACUACCAGAUGAAAUACUACUUCUAUCAUGGCCUUUCCUGGCCCCAGCUCUCUUACAUUGCUGAGGACGAGAAUGGGAAGAUUGUGGGGUAUGUCCUGGCCAAAAUGGAAGAGGACCCAGACGAUGUGCCCCAUGGACAUAUCACCUCAUUGGCUGUGAAGCGUUCCCACCGGCGCCUCGGUCUGGCUCAGAAACUGAUGGACCAGGCCUCUCGAGCCAUGAUAGAGAACUUCAAUGCCAAAUACGUCUCCCUGCAUGUCAGGAAGAGUAACCGGGCCGCCCUGCACCUCUAUUCCAACACCCUCAACUUUCAGAUCAGUGAAGUGGAGCCCAAAUACUAUGCAGAUGGGGAGGACGCCUAUGCCAUGAAGCGGGACCUCACUCAGAUGGCCGAUGAGCUGAGGCGGCACCUGGAGCUGAAGGAGAAGGGCAGGCACGUGGUGCUGGGUGCCAUCGAGAACAAGGUGGAGAGCAAAGGCAAUUCACCUCCGAGCUCAGGAGAGGCCUGUCGCGAGGAGAAGGGCCUGGCUGCCGAGGAUAGUGGUGGGGACAGCAAGGACCUCAGCGAGGUCAGCGAGACCACAGAGAGCACAGAUGUCAAGGACAGCUCAGAGGCCUCCGACUCAGCCUCCUAGAGCCUGCCCCAUCCCCUCCUCACCCCACAAGCUUUCACAAUAAAUUCGCUCCGUGGCA